UCCGACUGCGGGCACGCAGUUCUUACCACCUGGUUUUUGUAGAAUACUCUGUCUCUCUCCGUCUCGGUCACUCUCUCUCUCUCUCUCAGGCAUUUUCACAAAUGGCUUUGAAGCUAUCUCCACUCACCUUCCAAUCUCAGAAACUCCCACAUUUCGGACACGGCCAUGGCAGAUCUUCUAGGUUUUUGAUGGCCUCGACGCUUCGCACCAAUACCAAGGAGCUUGAAACUCCAAAGAAGCCCUUCAGCCCUCCUCGCGAGGUACAUGUUCAGGUCACCCAUUCAAUGCUGCCAGAGAAAAUCGAGAUCUUCAAGUCCCUGGAAGAUUGGGCAGAGGAAAACAUCUUGGCAUACCUGAAGCCUGUCGAGAAAUGCUGGCAACCACAGGAUUUCCUGCCAGAACCUGAUUCGGAGGGAUUCUUUGAAGAAAUUGCAGAACUUAGAAAGCGAACAAAGGAAAUCCCGGAUGAUUAUUUUGUCUGUUUGGUUGGAGAUAUGAUAACGGAGGAAGCUCUGCCUACUUACCAGACUAUGCUCAACACACUCGAUGGUGUCCGAGAUGAAACUGGUGCAAGCCCCACAUCUUGGGCUGUCUGGACGAGGGCAUGGACCGCCGAAGAAAACAGGCAUGGGGACCUUCUCAACAAAUAUCUCUACUUGUCUGGAAGAGUCGACAUGAGACAAAUCGAGAAGACAAUUCAAUAUCUGAUCGGGUCGGGAAUGGAUCCACGGACGGAGAACAGCCCCUACCUGGGAUUCGUCUACACAUCCUUUCAGGAGAGAGCGACCUUCAUUUCCCAUGGGAACACUGCCAGGCACGCCAAGGAAUAUGGGGACUCUAAGCUGGCUCAGAUAUGCGGGACCAUUGCCUCAGAUGAGAAGCGCCAUGAGACUGCCUACACAAAGAUUGUGGAGAAGUUGUUUGAGGUCGACCCAGAUGGCACAAUGCUGGCUUUUGAUGACAUGAUGAGGAAGAAGAUCUCGAUGCCAGCCCACCUGAUGUAUGAUGGCCAGGACGACAACCUGUUCGAGCACUUCUCAGCUGUUGCGCAGCGGCUGGGGGUCUACACAGCCAAGGACUAUGCGGACAUACUUGAAUUCCUGGUCGGGAGGUGGAACGUGGAGAAGAUCACAGGCCUUUCCCCUGAGGGACGACGGGCCCAAGAAUAUGUCUGCAAGUUGCCACCAAGGAUCAGGAGGCUGGAAGAGAGGGCCCAAGGGAGGGCUAAGGAAGGGCCCACCAUCCCCUUCAGCUGGAUUUUCAAUAGAGAAGCGAAGCUGUAGGAGGAGAGCAAUGUCCACUUUGCACUAGUUUCUUCUUCUUUUUUCUUUUUCUUUUUUUUUUUUUUGUUCUCUAUUUUCAAUUCUAUGUUAUUUUUGUCUUGUCAUAUGAUAUGAAGGGCGGUGGCGGGGUUGUAGAUACGCUUUUGUUUUUAUGAUAUAAUCAAAUAGGGUUUGCUGUUUAGUCUC